UUAUUCAUGUGGGGAUUGUGGGAAUGCCACCCUGCUCAGAUCAUCUACCAAAAUAAAGCAUGUGGAAUGUACCCAAUGCUCUGAUAGCGAGCUGGGCUCUGGGAGACCUGAUAUACGUCGCCAUUGACAUACCCAUCAACGUCUACAAGCUCUUGGCCAUGCGCUUUCCGUUUGCCGACAGUGAUUUUGGCGUGUUCCUCUGUAAGCUGUUUCCCUUCCUGCAGAAAGCCUCGGCUGGAAUCACAGUCCUCAACCUGUGUGUACUCAGCGUGGACAGGUAUCGAGCCGUGGCGUCCUGGUCACGGGUGCAGGGCACAGGGGUUCCCAUGGUAACAGCGGUAGAGAUUGUGGUGAUCUGGACAUUGUCUGUGUGCCUGGCUGUACCAGAAGCCAUCGGAUUCAACAUGGUCACCUCUGAGUACAAGAAACGUCACAUAAGGACCUGCAUGCUGCAGCCGUCAACGCCCUUCAUGACUUUCUACCGCGAUGCGAAGGACUGGUGGCUGUUUGGUUUCUACUUCUGCGUUCCUUUGGCGUUCUCUGCUGUUUUUUAUGGGCUGAUGACCUGUGAAAUGCUUCGACACCAGAAGGGAAGUCUGAGGAUCGCACUGAAUGACCACCUCAAGCAGCGUAGAGAAGUAGCCAAAGCCGUUUUCUGCCUGGUGCUGAUCUUCGCUCUGUGUUGGUUCCCGCUCCAUCUAAGCCGCCUGCUGAAGAGGACCGCCUACAGAUCCUACGACGCACACCGCUGCGACUUGUUGAACUUCUUGUUGCUGCUGGAUUACUUUGGAAUCAACAUGGCAACCGUCAACUCCUGCAUCAAUCCCAUAAUCCUCUACUUUGUCUCCAAGAAGUUUAAAAACUGCUUCAAGUCUUGUCUGUGCUGUUGGUGUUAUUCUGGCUCCCUCUCGAAUAGUAUUCUCCCGCUUUACCACGGGACGAGUCUGCAGUACAAACAUCCUCAUCACUGAGAGAGAGAGAGAGACCUGCAAAGAUCACCGACUGGACGAUGCUGAUUAAUGGAGGCUGCCACCGCGAGGAAGAGAGAUUUAUAUACAAGUUAUACGAUGUAAACGUAUUCACUUCUACAUAAUGUAUUAUAGACUUGUUUUAUUGUAUUUAUUUUGAUUUUUAUGUAAAUGAUUACAACGUAGCCUUACUUUUAAGCACAAACAUUCUGUUUAAAAGCUUCUCCGUGUGUAACGUAUUUAUUACCUAUUGUGUCAGAAGUGACUGUUCUGUAAUUCUGCAAAGAAAACUGUUUUUCUUUGUGUCUCUUU